UGUAGAACUUAUGGGCGGAAUUAAAAUGAACCAACAGCCAAACACAAACUCUUGAGAGACGGCACGACCAAUUGGACUGGGGUAGGGAGGCGGGGCAUUGAAAGGAAUUUUCGCCAAUAGAGAGUAGGGAGUGGCGGGGACCGUAGAACAUUCUCCAAUAAGAAGUGCGAAGGGCGUGUGUGACAAGGGAGGAAGGGUUUGCCCGAACCUGCCGAGGCCGGCCAAUGAGAUGGCAGGCGGGGCCAAGUUCGACCAACCAGAAAGCCGACCUGAUCUCGGCACCGUUACUGGGGCGGGGCGUGUGGUCUCCAAGCCACUGAGCGGGUCGGUGGAAGCGGCCGGCCUUCCAAUGCGCGACGUGGGAGGGCUCUACUUCUCCCAAUCAGUGCGCGGCGCUGGCAAUUCAAAAUGACAGCCGGGUGCAAAGGCAGAGAAAGCGGAAGAAGGAGCCGAAAACGGACCUUGCGUGGACGCAGCCUAGAAGGCGACCUCCGCCCCGCUCCGCCACCACCACCACCGUGCUCGGGAGCGGCCUCUGCGGGAGAGCCGACGGGAGGCGCGGUGCGGAGGCCGGCGUGCGGGCCAGCCUGGGGCCUGAGUCCUGGGCCCGGCAAGAGCGGAGUGCCGUGGAGACCCGGGAGCCGAGAGCAGAGCACCCUUCGGACGGCAGAAAACUGAGAGGUUUUCUCAAACCGCGCUCGCCUCCUCCCUCCACCCCAACUCCACUCUCUGCUCCCAGAGUUAAAGAGGAGUCAGAAUUGCUGCUUCCCGUCUGCUCCCACUCAAUAAAUAGUACUUUUACCCAUCCACCGGGAAAGCUGCGAAAUACUCUUCCCUCCCAGUUUCAGUGCUUAGAGAAGAACCCGAGACCUCGUGAUCUUUCCUUUUUUUCUGGCCAGGGGGAAUCAGAGUAGCAAGAGUCCUGUUCUUUGCUUUUUCAAAAUUCCCGCGCCUCCUCAUCCGCGGGACGUUAUGACUACCAGCAGCUGUAGUUUCAAGGACCGAUGCGUGUCCAUCCUGUGUUGCAAAUUCUGUAAACAGGUGCUCAGCUCUCGGGGAAUGAAGGCCGUCUUGCUGGCUGAUACCGACAUAGACCUUUUCUCGACAGACAUCCCUCCUACCAACGCAGUGGACUUCAUUGGAAGAUGUUAUUUCACUGAAAUCUGCAAGUGUAAACUGAAGGACAUCGCGUGUUUAAAAUGCGGAAACAUUGUAGGUUAUCACGUGAUUGUUCCCUGUAGUUCCUGCCUUCUUUCCUGCAACAAUGGACACUUCUGGAUGUUUCACAGCCGCUCGGUUUAUGGUAUUAACAGACUGGACUCGACUGGUAUAAACUUCCUACUUUGGGGCAACUUGCCAGAGAUAGAAGAGAGUACAGAUGAAGAUGUAUUAGAUAUCUCAGCAGAGGAGUGUAUUCGAUGAAUGGAAUUAUAUAACAUUUUUAUAAUAACUUUUUCCUAUUUAAUAAUAUGUUAAUAGAUCAACUUUAAAAUUGUUAGUGAGGAUUUGCCCAGUGACUUCUUUUCAUUGUUAUUGUUGUUUUAUUUUGUUUAAAAACAAAAAUGAGGCAUUUGUUGAUUUAUUUAUUUGCUGUCUCAAAUUAGUUACCUCAACUUACUUUAAGCCAAUGUAGUUGUUUUUUUCUUCUACACCCAAUAUAGGAGUAUUUUAACUUCAGAAGAAAAGAUUCUUGAAUAAAGGAUAUUUUUACUGACUCAUGCGUAUUAACCAUAGGUACAUAAGACUCAACUGAAUGUUGAGAGGGUGUUAAGAAAGAGCAGAAUGGCUGGACAUGGUGGCACAUGACUGUAAUCGUAGCACUUGGGAGGCUGAGGCAGGAGGAUUGCCUGGAGUUCAAGGCCAGCCUGAACUACAUAGUGAGACCCUGUCUCAAAAAAAAAAAAAAAAAAUCGUGAUCCCUGCCUUAAUAUGGAGCAA